CUCUGCACCGAUUGUACGUGUUAGUGACGCCGUGCUGUGACAUAUUUGACAGUUGUUAUCGUGUUCUUGUGAUGUUUUCGUAUCGGAACUAUGGUGUAUCCCCAUGAAGAUGUGGAGUGAUUUCCAGGGCUCGGGUGGCGGGUGCGGCGCCAAGCGGCGCGCCAGCUCCCCGUGCGAGGGCGGCGGCAAAGUCGCACGCUGGGAAGAUUCUAUCGCGCGACUGGAAGCCGUGGCCGCCGGCGCGGGCGGCGGAGACUGCUGGCGGGAGGAGGAGGAGCGGCGCGCCUGCCGCCGGCGCUGGUGCGGCGGCUGGUGCGGUGCGCACGACACCAUCCGCGCCGAGAACGGCAAGUCCUACCUGGAGCUCGGCGGGGCCGCCGCGCGCGCCUGCUGCGACGGCCGCGCCGCCGGCCGCUGCGCCUCGCGGCGAUGCUACCGCGAGAGGCGGCUAAAGAUGAUGAACCUCUGCGCGCUCAAGCUGGCGCGCUUCCGCCAGACGGCGGACCCCUCCCUGCGCCGCUCGGUGCUCGUCUGCAACACGCUGCGUGGCAUCGAGCGCGAGAUGGAGCGCGAGAGCGCCGAAGAGGCGCCCUUCGAACCCGCCUGCGUGGCGAACGGCGUGACGCGCUGCGAGCUGCUCGGCGCGCGCGACGGGGCCGCGGGGCGCGCGACACCCUUCCCCGCGCCGCCGCAGCCCGACCGGGACUCCGGUUACGGCGACGAGGAGCAGCGCACCAUCGACUGGGGCUCCGUGCUGAGCCUCUCGUCGCGGUCGGCGCUGGACCCCCCCGAGGAGACGUGGCCCGACGACUGGGGCUGGAGCGAGGACAGCUUCGUGCGGCUGCUGGUGCCGACGAGUUAGUGCACGGCGCGCGGGCAGGACGCGCCCGCGCCCCCCUGAGCGCCUGUGAUACGCCGCCGGCCGCGCGCGCCAGCUGAGCCCGGCCCGCGCGGCGCGGCCCCGCCGCCCGCGCGGCUCUUCUAGUCGGCGCCGCCCGCCCCGUGACGCGACGCGAACGCGCAGUCAGUAGUUAGUAUUAUGUAAUUCACUAUGGGAAGGUGCUAGCUUCGAGACGCGGGACUUUAACGCGAGCCGAGUUAUUUUUGAUAAGUUUAUUUCUUUAAGUGAAUUCCGAACUGCAACAAGUGACUUAGCCGAAGACGUUUUAUCGUUAAGAUCCGUGUUUGAAAUUUUUGUUGAAAUUAUUGUGUAUAAUUAGAUAAAUGCUAUAUUUAUUAUGUUAAAAGAGGAUACGAGGAUUAUUUGAAAUUAUUUCUGUCUUGAUAUUUUCUGUAAAAUAUGUCGACCGGCGUGACUAUGUGUUAUGUUCUCCGGCCUCCCGUCGGCCGCAGCGCGGUCGCCCGCUGACGAUGAGCGAGAUUACCAAACAUUAUUGUGUUAUUGCUUCUGUUCCUUGUUGCUAUGAGAGUGCGCAUCUCGCGAGCGGCGACGGGAGGCGGUCGCCAGUUCUGUGUGUAUGGACAUGUGCCGAAUGUUGGUGCGAGAGCGGCGCUGACUGCUAUGUAUUUGUAAACAAUUGAGAACAAACUGUAAUUUAUUAAUUGAUAAGUACUUAAGAAAUCGAUGGACUUUCAUUAUUUCCGCAUCCGACGUUUCUUUAUGGCGCUGUGACUGGUUGUCAAUUAAACAGCCUUACUGUUUCUGAGUGUAAUGAAAGUAUCACGAUUGGCACGCACUUGACGAUUGGAAUUUGUAAUAUAAAUUUAAAUACUUAUGAUAAUAAACACUGUCACGGUUGUACUUAAACCAACAGGAAUUGCUAACGUUCACGUUCUGUCCAAAGAUGCGACGGCCUUCUGUUGCUGGAAGUUAUUUUUACUAAUACCGUUACUAUUAAGUACAUUAAAUUAUUUAAAUACUACUUAAAUUGUGAAUAUUAGUGAUAUUUUUUCAUAAUUAAUUAUUACUCACACACAGUUCCUAACGUUCUAUCGACUAUUAGUAAAUGGCGUUUCGUUUGCAGUCCGUAAUAUAGUUUUAUAAAGUUCCACCGCCAGGAGGCCGUCUCUAUCUGAUUCGUAAUAGCGAGCGAUACAAACAAAAUAGGCUACGGUAAUGGGUAAACAGAUUUGAGACAUCGAAUGAUAAGUUAUAUAGUAAUCGGCGGCAACCCGUCGUUCCUAACAAGAGAGAUCUAGUCACAAGGUGCUGCCUCACCGCGGCAAUGAUACGUUCUCUCAUUAGCAGCUUCGGGUUGUGAGCAUCCCGCGUGAAAUGGGACUUAAUGAAUGUGUUAUCAGGAUUUGCGGUCGGAAUCAAUCGCUGCGGCGACAUUGCAAUCAAAUUUAGUUCGGGUUACAUCGAAAUUGAAUUAUUUUUGUAUAAUAGGUUAUCUUUCGUUACCGACCGCGCUCCCGAUAGCACAUCGCCCGGCGCGACAUGGAAUUGCGACUGCAUGGACCAAACAUACAUCACGACAUUUAAUAGAACAAAGUACAAAUUUCAAUAAAGUAAGAUGCAUUAGUGCUCCGGCGCAUGUUUGUCCACCGUUGUCAAUUAAUCUAAUAUUUGAAUUGUGAUUCGGUAGCUAAUGAGAGAAAACUAUGUUCUUAAAUUUAGUGUACAUAUAAAAUUUACGGAGAUGGGCAUUAUAGCGCGGUGAUACGCGAUUGUAAAUAAAUUAUGUAAAUUAAUAAUUUUAUCGAUAUCGUUUGUCAAGUUCAGAUGAUGUUGUUGGCGGCGGGACGAGCUCGCCCCACGUCUCAGUACAGACCACAGAUACACAAGUUACAUGCUGCAUUUUAUUGUAAGAUGUCACAAAUAUUGCCAGUACAGACUCAGAUAUUCUCUAGCUAGGUUAAAUUCAUGGGUUCUAAACUCGGUGAUGCAUUAAAAUUAUUGUUUCUUGUAUCGUUUAAUUGAACUGAUUAUUUUUCAUACGUACCUACCUAGAUAUUUUUGUUAAAUAUGUCCGUAUGAUUGGUUGUGAUGGUUUACUUAAGUAAGUUAGUGAAUUAUGGAUAUAUUUCUAUGACGUACAUAAACCCAUUUUGUACUGACACAGUUUAUAUUGACAUUUCUGUUGCACAAUGAACAAAUGCUGACUGGAUUCUAAUACUGUACUUAAAUACACGAUGUUUAUGAAAUGUUUGAUGUUUGAGACUUUGAAAUUAUUUAGUAAAAAUAAUGAAUUUAAAUUUAAAUUAAAUAUUGUGCGACAGAAAUAUCAUAAAUGCUCAUUCUGAAUGCUUGCAAUCAUGUACAAAUUUUCAAUAUUUUCAUCGACUGUCCUGUCAUUAUAAUAGUGUACAGAAUUAUGUAAAAUAUGCAUCGAAAUUCCAAACCCGUAGAUAUAACCAUAUUGCACAGGUUUAUUCUUUGGAAAUUAUAAAAACCGCUUUUGGACGAUGAAACAAAGGACACAAUGUGAAGAUUUACUGUUACGCCCAACUGUCUGAGUGUUGAUAGAUCAAAGGCGCUUUUUAUAAUAGUUUAAAUAUAAAUAGCAGGUUGUUAUCAUUAUUUGAGAUAUCAUGGAAUCAGUUGGCGAGCCCUGCGCCGCGCAUUGUGUUGUGAAAUACAGCAAUAAUUAUUGUGCGAGUUGACUGUUGUCACAUCCGUCUUCUAGUCGAGGACAUUUCAAAGAAACGUCCGCGGCGUCAUCAUACGUAACUUUGUAAAAAUCCUUAUAUAAGUGUAAUUUUUCUUAGUGUUUUCAUUGCCAUUGGUUACCAAAAAAAUGACAGGAUUUAUAUUAAAACGUUUGUGUAUAUUACUAGAAGAAUACUCGUUAGGAAAUCGUGAAAUCAAUUUUGAAUGUACUCAGUCUCCACAUCGAAUUGUUAGUACGUUCCUCAUGUUACGAGUCACUCAAAAUUGUUCCCGGUGUUCUAAUGUAAGAAAUAUUGUAAUAUAUUAAUAUUGUUUAAGCUGUUGUGUCGAAAUAAAACAAGAACAGGAAUAAUUUUGUGAAACAAUGGCACAAAGAAUGAACAUAAAUAUUAUAUAUAUUAUAGAAACAGAAAUGUGGCUAUAAGAGCAAUUUUUAUAAUAAAUAUUUACUGUUGAAGAA